AAAAAAUCUGGUGUACGAAUAGAAAAAAUGAAAGCACACCAUGAUGCUGGACCCUCAUCCUCUACUUCUGACGGUUCUCCUGCUGGACAACAGCAUCUUGGGUCGUCCGCUAAGAAAUCAGGACGGUCGAAAUUGCUUACGUUGCUCGAACUCCAAAGCCAGAGACAUCGAGGACGACGAUUGAAAAGCCGUCAGCUUGAGGCGACUUUAAGAACUUUAAGAACAGGGCUUCCUUUCAUCUACAGUCGUGACUACUUAGUUAUAAUGAGCGGAAAAGUAGAAUGUUGGGACACCUCAUCUCUGUUUGUUCAUCUCCGUAAGAGAACUAUAGACCACUAACAGCGAGAACGCUGCGCCUGACGACAACUAGGAUUAUAUAUACAACAGGAAAUAUAUAACAUUUUUGCUACUGAAUACUGACUAAUAAAAGCGUCGCUUCAAUCCGAUGCUGAUCGUGGUGCGAUGGUUUAUGUUAGGGAUAGAGAUCAAGGGAGACGUGGAGGUGAAGUCUUGCGGAGCUCCUCACCCGUUGACGAUCCGUUUCAUCUGCGAGAGGGUUCUUCACAUAGUUAAGGCUUAGAGCUGAACAUGCACACAUCUCCAUAUUAUUUGAUUUCUCUUUUUUCGGUUUUGUUUUUUCUAGUUAGGUAGGUACGUGGGUCUGCUCCACCAACAACGAUAUUAGAACAGGGACAGAAUAUGAAAUGCUCGGACAUCAACUUUAGGAAGACUGCCAUAUCUUCAUUAGCGAGGAUUUUAGGAUUGCAGACUACCAUAUCUUCACUAGCGGGACAGACGAAGGUCCUUGUUCCCAUCUACAAAGCAACCCAGUAUGUGAUCGCUCUAGUCAUUUUGUUCUCAGUUUAUCUAAAGCUAAUGUGAAGAUCAAACAUUUAAUUUAUUUUUUCUUCCCUUCCUUCUUUCUAACUAAAGGUAGGUACGUAACCUUCAAGACUGUUCUAAUCUGCGGACGAACAAGAGCCUUCGCUUGGCGCAACGAUGGGACGGACUACGAAGGACCUUAUUUCUACGCUACACGAGAUCGGGACAUCAGUGGCUGGAAAAGUUGUUCUCCCGGGGGUGGAUGUGGAAGAUGAACUACAUUCAAGAAAGACACGGAAGAAGGUGGUGGACGAGGACAAGAUGAGCUAUAUCAAAAUAGUGGACGAGAAUGAGAAAGAUACUAGGCACAGGAACAACAGGAAGGGUGACGAUUUUGAUCCGAAGGAGCUUGCUGCUGUGGAAUUAGAGAAAGAAGAGGAGGAUGAAGAUGCUGACCAAGACAAAGAAGAGGGGGAGCACGAUGAAGAAGAUGAGGAUCAAGACAAAGAAGAGCAUGAGGACCAGGGAGUCGACGAGGAUCAACACGAGCAGGGGGAAGCCAAUGACAGGGAAGAUAAAAUACCUCACAACAAUGAGAAGGGAGAUGAGGACGCUGAACGUGAACAUCACCACGAGAAAGAAGUUGCUGAUCAUCACGGCAAGAAAAAAGCCGACUCCGAAGUUGCUCACAAGGAAGAUAAACUCCACAAGGAGGAUGAGGAUGAGAAUAAAGAACCUCACAAAGACCACGACAAGGAAGAGGAUGACGAGCCUGAAAAACAUCAUCAUCAUCAUCAUCAUCAUCAUGAUAUAGCAACAGACAUCAAGGAAAACAAGGACAAAGAAAGAACGCAAAAAAAAUCCAACUCUCCUGAUGAAGACAAGGAGAAGGCAGCUCAUGCAGCUCUGGAGCAGAUGAGUCUAGGAGAGUGGAAGUUUGAUGCUCAGUGCUUGAGAGUUGGCGAAUACCUUCCGAUCUGGCCUGUGAGAAGUGUGAACCAAACCGCGAUGUGGCCACCUACAGUUCACUGCCCGUCGAACUUUCUUGCGAGUGUUAUGGUUCGAUUGGUUUUUUGUGUUGAUGGUUUUUUUGGAUAAUGAAGACGUUCUGGAAGUGGAUGUGGUGUAGCAACUAUCAAUCAAUGGCUGUAAAUUUAUUGGUUACAACUACUUCAAGGGCUACCACUAUACCAUUAGCACAGUCGUGCCCUGUGUGUUUUAUUGUGAUCCAAAUGUUGGGCGUAGAGGUAUCACGACACUUCUAUAGUAUAGAUAUUAUAAUAUAUAUAAUUCCUCUAAAUGAUCCAGCGAUCCGCAAGGUGAGGGAAGCAAGGACUUGCUCGUGCAGAAGAAGGAGAAAGCGGAAGGAGAGGAGGAAAAGGAAAGAGCAACUGCAACCAAUAAUUAUGCGCAGUGUGUUGUUAUUUUUAAAACGCGCUUACUUGGAAAGGCAAGUCCGAGAAUGCCCUCGAAGGGAAUGCCCUUGAAAGCGUCGCCAAUUUCUUCACGGAUCAUCCCAAAACUAUGAUCUUCCACAGUGAACGGCCCAACAUGAAAAUCGUCUUGCCCUGUAGAUGACGAUCCUAGCUGUUUCCUUGCAAGAAGAAAACGCAAAAAAAGCGCAUUUUUGUACCUGAUUCGUCUCAGAAUGAAAAUUUUCCAUUUUGAGACGAAUCUUGCCAUUCUUCUAAAUCCAAACCCAAUUUGACGAUGGACGGCCGACUCCGAAUCAGACAGAGUGGAACUACGAUGAAUUUCAGGGGAUGAAGGUGUCUAUCGUCAUUCCCACGAAAUACGAGCAAGACUACAUCGUGAAGACCCUCCGACUCAUCUACGCGACGACGCCAAUGUCUUUGCUUGAGUUAAGUCUUAAUAAGUAUGAAGUCUUAAGUCUAAUGUUUAUUUAUUAAAUGGCCAUGGAAUUGCAAUUGGAAGAUUCAAUUUCACAGAUGACUGGGUACUGGCGUGCGCGUCUCUACUGGUACCUCACUUUUCUGUGAGGGAAAUAGCAUCCGUGUCUCCGCUUUUUAGUCCUCCUGAAGAACGCAAGGGCAAUUCGCUUGUUUCAAAACAUCAGGAGGAUCUCUACCCCGCGAAUGGGUACACUACUACUACUUUCUUAGUAAAGAUCUCCUUGCUAAUCAAAGAAAUUAUUAUUGUAGACGACAAAAGUCCGGUACCGGUCCAGCCACUCCUAGAGGAAGCAGCGAAGAUUAAAGGAGGCAUGUUGAGGGAUCUGGUAUUAGAUUUUGCAAUUUUAGAUGAAUGAAUAUCAACGUGUUGAAUACGCUACCUGUGAAUAUCAAUAUGUUGAAUAUCAAUAUGUCUGAAUGAAUAUGAUUUAAUGCUGCUUCUACCUCAACGUUGGUCGACAUGAAGAACGUCCUCGAAUCCUCUUUCUUCCCCCUCUCCGCAUCAGUUUCAUGUAUAUUAAGAAUCCCACAAAAUCAAUCAAACAGACGGCCACGCAGCUCGCAUCUAUCAAAGUACUGCGAAAUGAGCAUCAUCAAGGCUUGAUCCGAGCAAAGAUUCAAGGUGCAGAGAUGAGUAAAGGCUCUCACAUUUUCUUCCUAGACGGACACUGCGAACCUUUCCGCUUCUGGCUUGAACCGCUUUUGCAUUUACGUCAAAAUGUUAAUAUAGGAGGACUGUGUACUACAAUGAGGAGUAUUGCAGUGUAGGAAUUAAGUACUUAUUUGAAAAGCUAAAGAUAUAGUCAGAGGACAGUGCCAGAAGUUAGCAUUGUCAUACUAAAGUUCUAGUGCAGGGGCUAGUCAACUUAACGACCUACAAUCUAGUCCUCGUCCUCUCAUCAUCAUUAUUUGCGACACUUAGAAGUCCCUCUCUCUAUGAAAAAAACGCACUAUGUAUUCCAUUUCCCCAACUCUAAUCGCGCGUGCAAAGCCCAGUUACAAGCGCGUAGUGGUUCCAUUGGUCGGGAACAUCAAUGCUACAGCGGAAAAACUACACGAUUGGACACCAGUGGACAAGAGUGGUGGCGCGAAGAUGAUGUUCGACUGGACCUUCGAAUUCCAUUGGUUUGACGACAAAGAGAAUGACGAUGUGCCGAUUUUGAGUAUGGCAAUUAUUUCAAAAUUUUGAAGAAAUAGUGUAUAAAUAUAGCUACCUUUCUACCUCCUUUCCGUCUCCUUUCCAUCCCUUUUCAUUCCCCGUGGCGGCCUAUUACUUCUCUCCCGUCGUUGGUGGGAUGAAGUCGGUGGCUACGAUGACGGAAUGGUAGACUGGGGAGGUGAAAAUAUUGAGCAAUCUAUGCGAUGUUGGAUGUGUGGAGGGGAAAUACUGGUUGAAAGAAGAAGCAUUAUUGGACAUAUCUUCGAACGGUACUAGCGUUGUACCAGUAACUUAUGUAUUCUACUUUCUGUAUUCGUCUCUGUACUGAACCCUUGAAGAACCUUGAAGAACCUUGUAUAUUCGUCUCUGUACUCCUGGCAACUACUUGUACUUCUUGCGUUAGUACAAUGUCACACCAAGCAUCCUUUUACAUCUCCUUUCUCCAGGCCUGCCAAUCCAACGAAAGUACGGAAAGACGGCGUACAGCGCAAUAAGGCUAGAGCGGCGUACGUGUGGCUCGAUCAGUACUGGGAUAGCGCUUUCCUACCAAGUCAACCUGGUGCCAGGAAUUUAGAUUACGAAGGGUCGUGUUGUAUCUCUUCUUCGAAGUUACUUGUUCAUUUCGUUGAUUCCUCUAAGUCCCUCUCGGACCGGGCCUGUUGCGGCAAAUGCUCCAUCGAUUUGUCUACAGAGGCCAGAAUAAAGCUGAAGACCUAGCAAUUUUCCGAACAGGAAGCACAAUGGCUCAGGACACGACAGUUUUUCUGGAUCAUGGAUCUGCAUCUGCUUCGUCGGAGAUCAAGAAAGUACAGGAGGACGUGCCACAGGAGCACGUGAAGGAGAAGCAGAAGAAAGCAGGGGGUCAUCAUGAGAAAGGUAGGAAAGUCGGUAAGCAUAAUGACUUUCAAAGGUUCAGUCACGACCCUGAUGAACAGAGCUCUAGUGCAAAAAACGAACAUCACAAUGACACUGAGAUGAAGCUGCAAGUAGAUGGGAAGACACAUCUUCACGAUGAGAAGCCCCAUUCACUAGUAGAGGCGGCCAGCAUCUCACAACGAACUGAGGGAGCUUCUGAACAUGAACAUUUUCUGCUUGAGGAGAAAUCACGAGAAGAUCAUGAGCAGAAGACUCUCCAUGAAAAUCCACCACCACAGCAAGACUCUUCUACUGCCCAUAUCAGGUCACUCUCAGAACAGCUCGUGAAGAGUAUCGAAGGCGAAUUAGAUCUUUUAGAAUCCCACGGAAAGAGUCAGGAGAUGAGGAAGGACAGCACACAUCCAUCUCGUAGAACACAGAAGCAAACAGUUUUUUUAGAGACCGAGGAACGCGGUAGUGCUAGUACUGGUGAUAGUGCUGAGGACGACCUCCCAGUGGUCCCAGCGAAGACGAAUGUGAUGAUCCAUUUUGAGGAUGGUACAGUGUUGGCCACAGGGGGUAAGCCGCUUGAUGGACAUGGACAUCAUCGACGUGGAGAACUCCAUGAAGAUGGAGAACACCUCCAUCAAAGUCGUGCUUCUUCUUCCGAAAGAAGUAGUAGUUCUUUAGACACAAAGAACAGGCAUCUUCUAGAGACUGGUGCGAAGAGGAUGGACACACUUGUCCACGUCGAUAGCGCAUUAGCUGUGGUAGAAAAGGCGCUGUCUUCCUCUGGUGCUGAACAAUUGGAGAGCAAUAGUAAAAGUAGUAGACACAAGAAAACGAAAAGUCGCAGUGCUCGGAGUGGUACGGUGAUUGUUCGUCAUGUAGAAGGUCAAGAGGGACGCAAGGACACCGAAGCGGAUACGUCACUCGCUGACAUAGUUAAGGAACCGUUUUUCUACAUUCUGCUUGAGCUGUCGUCCUAUGCACUCAAUACUGUGCUGUCAAGCGAAAGCGUUUCUUAUGCGAGGCAACAAUGUAUAUGAUUGUCCUGCUACUCGUCUAACCUUUUCAACACCACCUCAUUAUAUCUGCGCCACCUCCACCUCCUCUAAUAGCCGCACCACCUCGAAAUCUGCCGCGACAAAAGAAGAAGACCGCUCAGUUCAGUGUACCAACUUUGAGUGGUGGAAGAAUCGGUUCAACUCCGUUUUCGAAACGCGGGGUCUUCUAGUCUCCGACGCACAUCAUAUGCGACACACGCCAUCAGGGCUGUGUCUCGAUGUCAAGGAUAAUUAUGGUUCGUGGGAUUGUAUUCCGGCACCAGAACAAGUACUAGAAAGAACUCCUCGAUCAGACUCAGGUAUAAUCCCGAUUCGAUUCGCGUACAACCCACCGUUUAAAAAGUCGAACAAGAAGUAAGUACCUCAUUCGCGUUUACUAGGUCUACCUCAAGCUCAAGGUCCUUCUAAGAUCAAGGCAAAGACAAAACGCCGCUGGUGCUUUUGAACGAGUGCAACCCUGGAGCAGACACACAAAAGUGGUCGAUUAUCCACAACAACACACGCGUUAUGAACCACAAGCUCGACAAAUGCUUGGAUAGAGGUACUAAGUAUUUUGAGCUAGAAGAUAAUAUCUUCAGAAGUGUGUGCGAACUUGAUUAGCUUAUCUAACUGCGAGGUAAAUGAAGUUAAAUCACCUACAAUCUAUUCCAAUCGCCAUAUAUCUAUGGUACGUCUCUUGAUUGCAAUGGCAUAGGUAUGAAGGUCUGGUUGCAUCCGUAUGAUACUUGUGGAAGUUGAGUUCUCGGUUCUAUAGAAAAAAAUAUCAAUCAAUCUGUAGGAUACAUGCAAAAUUUGAAUAUGAAAUCCAGGCAUCGAUAAUUUUAAGCGCUUGCCACACCAAGUUCUCAUAAAUCUACAUAACCUGCGGUUCUGGUGAAUCGAUGACUUUUAGUCCAAUUUGCGCCACAGGUAAUGACGGUGCGCGAAUGGCUCCCAUUUUAUAUGCAUGCGAUUUUGGGCACAACAGCAACCAGCAUUGGAGUUUUGCUGGUGCCUUGUGGCCUCCAAGCCAAGACUUGAGUUAAGAGGUUCAUGUCGUUUCGCUACUGAUUCAUUCAAGAACUUUUUUUUUCGAUAAUAUUAUAAUUUAUUAUCAAGAACUACUGUAGUUCAACUACAUCUAGUUCUAGAGAACACAAUUUUUGUCCUCAGAUGUUCUUUUUCGUUCGUGAACAAAAGUGAGAAGCUGAUAGCUGCGAAGCUGAUAGGAGCUCUAACAACGACGGUCACGACCAUAUGGAGACCGGGAAUUCGCCAGUAUGGUGUACAGCGACCUCUACGGUCACGAUGCGAAGUGUCUUGGUUUUCCGCUGACUGCACCAGUUGAUCCUUAUGGGCUAUGUUGAGUCUCAGUAUCUAUAUUAAUAUGUACAGUUUCUUACAUCAACCUAGUACAACUUCGUAGAUGAAGAUGAACCCUCCGCCUUCUACUUGCUUCUAGUAGUUCCAUUUCUAAGUCCAAAAGAACACCUUCGCGGAGGUGAAUCGGACCGAUUUCAAUGCCUUCCGCGGGAUGGAGGUAGGACUGCACACCUGCAAAAAACGGAAGAAGAGCAUCGCUUCUCUGCACGAAAUUGGACGCAGAGUCAGGGAAAAGUUAAGUGUCGACGAAUAACAUAUGCUAUCCUUUAGUUUCACAUAUAAUAGUGAUUCUAAAAAUAUACUAAAUCUUCUUCGAUGUGCAGGUGCAACAUCCAUAUAAGCUACCCUAACCUUCAGCAGCACAAAUGGGACUGUCUCACGUGUGAGAAGCUUUUACCUCUAUGACUAUGACCCACCUCUAAGAUGACGGGCCUCAGCCACAAUCUACGAAGAUCUUGCGGCAGGCAAGGAAAACCGAUUCUACGACGAAGAGUAUGCAUUUGAUGUUAUCUGGUGAAGAAUGCAUUCAAUAUUAUCUGGUGAGCACAACUACUGAAUAUUGGUUUGAUGUUGUUAAAGAUUAUAAGUACGAUUUCAGCCAGUUAUGACAGUGUUGAUAUAAGUACGUGUGAACACAACUGUUGACGAUUUGACUAUUUCACACUUAGUUUUUGUUUCUCUUCCUAGACGUACAAAUUGAGGUACUAUUUUGGCGCCCAAUCAGUUGUUUUUGUUUAGCACCAGACCUUUUCGAUAGUUCGUUGUGGUUUCGUUUUUCCGUAUUCUUUUGUUUCCGAACUAACUCACGUUCGGUUUUCGUUUGAUUGAACAUUACUUCAAGGAAUUUCCAUUACUUCAAGGAAUUACCGAACGAUCGAAAAGAAGGGAUCGCUCAAUUUUCCAAUUUUCUAAGGAGAGGAAUGAAUACCUUUCGAUGUCGUGAAUGUGGUGGAAAAAGUGCAAUCAUGUAGAGCUUGUCGCCGCUAGCGACUAAUGCAGAGACACCUCUUACCGUUGAUAUUGACUUGUUUCGGAUUUUUUGUACAGACCGACGAGAUAAUGAUGUUGAAUGAGGAUUGAUCUUAGGAUAAGGAAACUUGUUACAACACCUUCAGAGUUAAAAUGCCAAUGAAAAAAAUGAAAACUCGGAAUGAAGAAGAAAGCAAUUACCCGGGUAGCACCCCUACUCAUAUCCAAGAUCAGUAGCAGUACCCUUUUCGUUGUGAAAAGAAACGCCCGAGAGACCCUGCAAUGAAUUGUCAGGAGUACACCUCCUCCUCCACCUGCCUUGAUAUCUUCAUCUGGCACAGCACCCUAAUCAUCCAAGAAGGCCUAUCAGGAGUACAAUCAAGUGCCAGCUAGUACGAAGGGAGGUGUAACUUCCUCUUUG